AAGGUGGCCCCAUGCAUAGCGUGCCAUAAAAUGCUGCUUCUUAUUUUAAGUUUCGUUGCUGUAACGGAGGUGAUCUCUGGGCCCAUAGAUCUCGGCCUCCGUUACGGGUAAUAUAGAACUAAAAACAUUGCACAGGAAGCAUGAGAAUAUAUGUAAUUGAUGUAACUAGUUUGUCUGUCUCUGUUUCCUGGUUUCAUGUUAAAAGUGUUCCCCUUCCCCCAUGUCUGGGGCUGUUGAUUGUGUGCACCUGGUGCCCUGUGUUGUCUCCUCCCGCCCCACCUGUGUCGAAUUGCUGAUUAGUGUGUGUAUUUAGGGUCUGUUGCCCCGUCUGUUUUGAGGCUGGUAGUGUGGGUGAGAUCCUUGUGGCUGCUGACUGUGUUCAGAGGAACAGCAAUUGAGGCUGUGAAUCAUGUGCUUAUGAUUUGAAUAAAUGCCCACACCGUGUUAUAUUUUUGGACGUUCUGCCUCUGUCUCCUUGCUUGGUCGGGCCGCUCAAUUGUCAGCUUCACAAUUGGUGUCAGAAGUGGGAUUGACCAAGUGAGGAGGUGAGAGUGAUUGAGGAACUGAGGGAGAUGAUGAGGUCACUCCUGCAGCUUCAGGCAGCAGUUCGCACGGGAAGAGGAACGGGAAUCCAGAAUAAGAGAGGAACGGAGACUCCGGAGGCAAGACGGCCGAUUUGCUAAAGGCUCGACGGGCACUAACUCUGCUGCUAGGGCAUCAAAGAUCCUGGCGGAGAACCGGAAAUUGAUGCGGGAGCAGAACGAGGAGAUGCGCUUAGUGGAGGAGGCUCGUCUGAUACGCCUGGAGGAGGAGAAGAAACUGGCAGAGGAGAAGUUCCGUCAGGAGAGAGAACGUCAGCUGCUGGAGGAGCUGGAGAGACGGAAACGGCGACAGGCAGAGCUCGCGGCCCAGAGGGCCAGAAAGAAGGAAGAAGAAUUGCAACAGGAGGAGCUGGUAAAAAUCCUGGAGGGGAAUAACCGCAAGCUGAAGAGGGAACUUGAGCGAGCGGCCGCUAAGAAGCUGGAGACGGUGAACAGCAGCCUACAGCGUCACAAUUGGUGUCAGAAGUGGGAUUGACCAAGUGAGGAGGUGAGAGUGAUGGAGGAACUGCGGGAGAUGAUGAGGUCACUCCUGCAGCUUCAGGCAGCUGGUGAGCAGCAGUUCGCAUGGGAAGAGGAACGGAGACUCCGGAGGCAGGACGGCAGAUUGGCAGGAGGCUCGACGGGCACUGGCUCUGCCGCUGAGCCAUCAGAGAUCCUGGCGGAGAACCAGAGAUUGGUGCAAGAGCAGAAAGAGGAGCAGCUCUGGUUACAGAGGGAAGAAGAGAGGAAGGCAGAAGCAUUGAGAACGGUUGGAAAGAUGGCGGCGCACACUCAGCAGAAUAACAAGACAAGGAAACCUGGAGGAAAGGAGUCGCAGCUUUUGAUAAUUGCCAAAACUCCGGAGUUCGUCCGGGAGGUGAUGGGUUCCAGCGCCGGUGCAGGCAGCGGGGAGUUCCACGUUUACCGGCACCUCCGACGCAGGAAGAAGCGGGAAAAACUGAAGCGCAAAAUGCGGAUGGCAAAGAUAGCCGAGAAGGUCCGUCAGGAGAGAGAGCGCGUCAGACCGCAGAACCAGCAGGAGCACAUGGAGAGGAAUAAAGGGAAGCUUCUUUUCGACUUCACGGCCCCCCCUGAGGAAGCCAAGAUUCCUAAGACAUUGUAUUUCCUGGGGAGAGGGGUAAGGAAAUGUAACGGAGGGGAUCUCUGGGCCCAUAGAUCUCGGCCUCCGUUACGGGUAAUAUAGAACUAAAAACAUUGCACAGGAAGCAUGGGAAUAUAUGUAAUUUAUGUAACUAGUUUGUCUGUCUCUGUUUCCUGGUUUCAUGUUAAAAGUGUUCCCCUUCCCCCAUGUAUGUG